ACCCCAAGUCGCAGAGAAAGCCAGCCAUGGCCGCCGAGCCACCGCCGUCGAAGCUCCACAGCCAGAUCGACAUCAACGCUCCUCCGCCGUGCUCCGCCGACGACUCCUCCUUGGCCACCGAAACCCUCCGCGAACAGAGGCUCUCCUUCUUCGCCUCCCGCUACACUCGCCGCCGCCGCCGCCGGCGGAGCGACACGUGGAUCAUCUCGCUCUUCGUCAUCCUCCACGUCCUGGCCUUCGCUUUGACCAUGGCGGUCAACGACUGCUGGCGCAAGUCUCACGGCGACUGCGCUCUCGGAGCCUUUGGGAGACUGUCGUUUCAGCCGCUCCGGGAAAACGCUCUCCUCGGCCCUUCGGCUUCCACGCUUGAUGAAGUAGGAGCUCUUCGACGGACUUUUUUGACAGAGAAUCACAAAACUUGGCGCCUCUUCACAUUUCCAUGUCUGCAUGCUGGAGCCAUCCACCUUGUGAUCAACCUUUGCAGUGUUGUCUUCAUUGGAAUUCACUUGGAGCAAGAGUUCGGAACAUUAAUUGCAGGGUUAAUCUAUGUACUGUCUUCUUUCAAUGGUACAUUGGUGGCUGCACUUUUUGUUGAGAAACGCCCAGCAGUGGGUUCUUCCGGGGCUCUAUAUGGGUUACUUGGAGCUACACUUUCUGCUCUGAUUCAGAACUGGGACUUAUACACCAACAAGUUCACAGCUCUCACAUCAGUAUUACUUGUCGCCAUUGGAAAUUUCCUCCUUGGUUUGCUACCGUAUGUGGAUAACUUUUCAAACCUUGGGGGUUUUCUAUCAGGGUUCCUACUCGGAUCUGCGCUUUUAUCCAGUCCUCAAGUCAGAGAAGUGGUGCAAGGAAAAGGAGGCCUCCUGGACAAUGAUCUUAAAAGCUCUAUCAAGUCGAGGUUGAGGCAGAAGCUGGACAGACCAGUCUAUAGAAGUGUCUGUCUUUUUCUCUUUGUACUUAUGCUUGCAGGAUGUCUUGUAGCAGUUUUGCAGGGCAUUGACAUGAACCAGUACUGCAAAUGGUGUCGUUAUGUUGACUGUGUGCCUUCCAAAAGAUGGAGCUGCAGCGAAAUGGAAGCUUUUUGUGAGACCAUGGUGAGCCAUGAACAGAUGACUUUGACCUGUAUGGGUAAUGGGAACUUCAAGGUUCUUCCUUUCACCAACAUUUCUCAAGCCAGGAUGAAUGACUUGUGCAGCAUGAUAUGCUCAUAGACAUUUCCAGUCUGGGUGAUACUAUCACGAGAUUACGAACAUUACCACUUCUGCUAUCAACUCACAGUUGAUAACUGUUCAAAUGUAGGAAAAAGAUGUGCAGUUUAAGUUUCACAGUAAAACUUGUAAGAGCUUUGACAUGAGAUGUAUAUGCCUCCUCAGAUUUUGAACCAAUUCCGUUUGUAUAGAUUCGAUCAUUCAUGGAUAUAGCAGAGUAAC